AUGGCUCCUUCGAUCAAAUUCGCACGCUUCAAGAACGCUACAUUAGAGCUCUUCGAGGCGCCCAUCGAAUCCACAGAUUACAUCGCUUUCUCCCAUGUCUGGGGCAACUGGGCCUGGCGUUCGACUGAUGGUAUACCGUACGAGAUCAAAGCAUCGGAAGAGAAAGCUCAUUUCAUCGCAAAUGACCUACCGGCUCUGGUUGGCGACGAUGCCUUUUGGAUGGAUACGUUAACUGUCGAUCAGCGAAAUCCAGCUGAAGUCUCCGAAAUUGUGGACAAGAUCCCUACGAUCUUCAGAAUGGCUAAGAAAACUAUUGCAGUCAGGGAAUGUGAUGGGCUGUAUGACUGCUGCAUUGCUGCUGUCAAUGGUUUCGAGAGUACGGCCGAAUUCCGCCAAAAGUUCCAUGCUCACGACGAUGAGCACUUUGACUCCAUCUGCGCAGAGUCUUAUCUACAAAGACUGUGGACGCUGCAAGAGUGCCUACUCUCCCAUACCAUAGAGUUUGUAGUUGGAACAAACAAUCAGCCGAAGACGCCUGCGGUGCGGGCUCAGACUACAGGCGACAACGACAUAUACCGACAUCGGGCGGAACGACUGAUUCUCGCGGAUGCUCUCUGGGUUCUAGCUUAUUCAUUCUCCGGCUCUCAGGGCAUUCCCGCCAUGAAUGAUUUCUUCAAGGCAUACGUUCAUGGCGGCACCGUCGUCAACCCUCGUAGCGCACAGCGUAGUCAGGAAGAAGACAUCCACACCGGUUCUUUUCUAAAGGUCAAUCGAGCAUCCCAUAGGUCCGCCACCAUGCCCCGAGACUAUAUCUUUGCGACAAUGCCUUCAUUUCCGUGGUACACGUACCCGAGCAAAGAGGCUCUAACAAUGUCCUUUGGGGAUAUCUAUUUGGAUCUCUACCAGCAAGCUGCACGCUCUGGGCAUGCUUUUACGUGCAGGUUCACACGUUCAAUGAUUGAUGCUACAUGUACAGAUCCCGUUAGUGGCUGGCUACCAAGUCAACAUCUUCCCAGUCCAACGACGCUUGGUGACUUCCUGAAGCUUGUCGGACAGCGCGUACCCGAAAAGUCGAAAGUCUCUUCACAGCAUGUACAUGUCACAUCGGUUGUGCACAUUGAAGAAUUUGAGUGCGAAGAUUCCCCAGACUUCGUUAUUGCUUUGCUGGAGGCCUGUCUCAAAAACUUUCAAGGACAAUGGCAAGAGUCUCAUCGGGGCGGUGAGCUUUCCAAAUAUGGAAACUAUCCAAGCACCCGCUGGAACCUUGAUCCCCUAGACGCUCAACUUUGUGGUUGGUUACCCACUGAUCCAGAGUAUGCAAUUCGAGUGUUCGAGUACAACGAUUACAGUUUGGUUAGGAUCGGCCCUGGCCUAGAAUACGAGGAAGACGAUCUUUUACCAGACUUUCGCAGUCUUGACGAGACUGAGCAAGAGGCACGUAAGGAUGAAACUGACAAUGUUGACCCAUUGUUUGUGCAAGCGAGGAAGAUAUUAGACAACAUAUGGUGCGCACACGAUCCGCACCACAUUGACGCUGCGCAGAAGGGUGAUUGGGCCACUUUCAAGCAACAGAUGCAAGGUUUGUGGUCAAAGCCUUUGCUACGAACUAUGCUUCUUCUUGCUGCCAUGGUCAAUUGUCGCGUUCCGUUAUCAGCCGCAGCAUGGGUGAACAAGCUCUUUGUCCCUGUGUACAUUCACCACGGUAAAUUCCUUCUUUCAGCCGGGCUGCUAGCAAAACACGCACGUCAGCCAAAGCACCAAAGGCAAGAACCUGAUUCCAUGUUAUGUGUUGGUCAACACCUCCCUUCUUCAGACCAGACAGCUUUUGGCAAGGAUCUGUAUCUCGUAGAUGCCAAGUCCAAGGUUCCCGUUGGCUUGGUCCCGGAUCUUAUGCCGGACGACCCUACGGACGAGAAAUUUGCGAAAGUCUCAUGCGUCAUGUAUAAUGGGUUUUGCAAGUACAUGGGGAACAACCAAGUGGCAUUUGCGGCUUGCCCGCUCAGCAGUAAGUGGCUCGAGCUUUGCUUCCAGGAUCUCCAUGACGGGCUAUUUCCACCAGAAGACGAGCACGACGAUGAAGACGCGGAUUUCAGGGGGUCCAAAUUAGACUCUGCCAUCGCCGUCUUCGAGGCACUCUUCCGAAGAUCUGAUCAUUUCGCAGACAAGGACGCUACGACGCAAUACAUGUCAACGAGCUCGCAGCCACCUUCACGGGGUGAUAUUCGAGACUCACUCCUUUCUCUGGCCUGUCAGAAGUAUAACGACGCAUCGAACGUCAAUCCUCCAAUACAUGCUCAAACGGCAGAUGAACUUUGGUCGCACAUUAUGCGCUUCACCAACGGUCAUCCAGCUGGCCGUACUACAAACGCUUACGACGCCUGGCUCUUUGUUGAACCUGUAUCGAUCGGCGGUCUGUUUGCUGUUCUCGAGAGGAAUGUCAUCCUAGCCGAUACUCCAGGUCUGGACGAUAUCAACCUCCUUGCUGAGAGCAGUGUACUGAGAAAAUACAAGUUGCCUAGAUCCAACGUCCGUCAUUGGAAUAUGCAGUUGCUCGCGCCGAUAAAGAAGGGUCUUGAUCCGAUCUUCGACGCCACGCUUAACAACUUGCAAAACGGUUUCGACCAGGUGGAACGAGAAAUUUCAUCAGCGAUGAAGCUUCUGGAUCUCAACCUUCGUGCUCAAAGCCCGGAACCGAUCACUGUCGAGCUAGACACAUUCAUCCCACGAAUCACCCAUAAGCCUAUCAUACUUCGGAAUAUGGAGAAUGCUUAUACCAAUGGCAUUACAGCUUCUAUGCAAGAACAGAAUGACCGCUGCUGUACGGACAUAUUCGAAAGGUCAUAUUUUCGGGAUAAGAUGAGCAAAGUCUACGAUAAGAGUUACCGGACCAGACCAACACCAGGACAGAUAGUGAAGCUCGCACAAAUGGAAACGUUUGAGCAAUUACUUUGCGACACGAACCCCGAUCCUUUCAACGCUGUCUAUACGCGUUUGGAAGAAGCCAUUGUUUCGGAAAAGCGAAGUGUCAAGGAUCUCUUGGAAGAACAUGUUGGUGCCUUGGUCCAGAGUAUCGAGGAGGAGUUCGAGCGGUCAAGAGAAGUCCGUGUGGCCCUGACCGACGACGAGGCUCAAAGCAUGGAUGAUCUGCUAAACAGUACAGUGACGGCAGCAAAGGUGCGAGGGAUUCUUGAGGAGAAAUUAAAGGAGUAUGGGGUGGACGUGGAAGCUGAACGUCAGUCAUUGUAG